AUGGCUAUUGUGGCUGGACUUUCGCUGCCGGCUGUCACCAGACUAAAACGAACUUGGUCUCGCGUGGAGAAGUCAAAGCUAGAAAUUCUUCAACAUCAGUUGGAUCCUACUGGUAACUUCCUCUCGUAUCGUGCUACUAUGAAAGCAGCUCAAUGGCGAGCCGAAACUGUUGGCAGCUCUCAAAAGGUAAGCCUCCAGAAAAAGAAGUUAAGGAGAAACGAGAAGGAAUCUUCAAUUUUAGAUUGUAAUACCGUUCUUUGUGCUGCUGUUGAAGGAUUUGUUCCUCGUCUACCAUGGCAGUGUGCGAACGCUUCCAAAUGGCCAUUUGAAUUUUGUGGCCUAAUUCUCCAAAUUAGCGAAGCAAACUUCGCCUCGUGGAAUACAAAAAUUGGAAAGGAAGCCGCAUUGCACGUUUCCCAAACAUGCGUCAGUUCUUCAGUACCUGCUGGUUUCACUGCUAUAUGGCGAAAGAGGUACUCUUCCUUAUAA